ACCAGCAAAAAAUGUCAAAAUUACUCGAAUUCGAACCCGAGAUCGUGAGUUUAAUUUCACCUGAUUUACUUGUUUGGUGUUCUUAUCCCGAAUCUAAGAAAAAACUUGAAACAACAUACUCUAGUUGCAAAACCAUGUUGUGUUCAUCACUCUCUUCUUCCUACUUCAAACCACCACCAACCACCCUCUAUUCUCUCCUUCGCCGCCGCCAAACCCCCACAUGGCGCCGAUGUUACACUUCACCUCAACCCGCCGUCGUUUCCUCAACAGAACACCCUCAAUCAACCGACACAAUACACAACAUUCUCAAUGCCAACGAAGGAGUUUCUUCACUCAUGAAAAUGGAACGAAAACCACUUCUUCACGAACCUCAGGCUCGGUGGUUCCCUUACCUAGACACUUUCAGGUGCGGAAAUGGUUAUGAAGUUACUAGUGAGGAAGUUAUUGAAGCUGUUAAUCCUUGUAUUUCGGAAUCGAGGAAAGUUAGGUUUGGGAAUGCGGUUCGGAAUCGAAGCUAUUCGGUUUGUCUUGUGGUUGAAGGUUUGUGUGAUUUUGGAAAUGUUUCUGCUGCUUUUCGGUCUGCUGAUGCUCUUGGUGUUCAGUCUGUUCAUGUUGUUUCUACUGAUGCUAACAAAAGGUAUAAGGACAAUCGUCAUGUAAGCAUGGGUGCAGAGAAAUGGUUAGACAUUGAACUGUGGGACUCUACAAAGGAGUGCUUUGAAAUGUUGAAAUCACGUGGUUAUCGAAUUGCCACAACUCAUGUGGGAAUAGACGCGGUUUCUAUUUAUGACAUGGACUGGUCCUGUCCAACCGCAAUAGUAGUCGGGAACGAAAAUAGGGGUAUCAGUGAUGAGGCUUUGGCCAUGUCAGAUUUACACUGCAGUAUUCCAAUGAAAGGGAUGGUGGACUCUUUUAAUGUUUCAGUUGCUGCAGGAAUCCUCAUGCACCAUGCUGUUUGUGAUAGAAUUUCUCGUACGGGCUGUCAUGGCGAUUUAACGGUUGAAGAAAGACAAAUUCUACUAGCAGAGUUUUCGCUACGCCAUAGCAAUAGUGCGAUUAGUGUUGUUGAAGAUUAUGCAAAGCGCAAGGCAGCAUUAUUGACCUAGUAGCAUCCACAGGAAGUUAAACUACUUCUAGUUGUUGUACGUUAACUCAUUUUUGACAAGGAGACAGGCAAGCACUAGAUAUCCUCGAAUCAUAUUCCUGCAAACUAAGCAAAUGCUACGUUGCAUUAGCCGAAUCAUAGUGCGCAGGCCUUACACAUGACAAUGGGGAACUCACCAUAUAAUACCAUGCUUCUGUUUAAACUGUAAUAUUUCCUUAAUGAUCUGCUUACUCGCCCAAUCCCUUAGCAACAGGGAAUGAUAUCAACUAAUGUGCGACUGUUUUUAGUCGAGUUUUUGGGUAUUACUGUAUCAUGAGGACAACGAUUUUAAGUUCCUUGUUCGAUUCAUUUUGACAUACAGUACUUUGUAUUAUAAUGGAGGAAAGGUAAUGUUGCUGGUUUGAAUGCCA